ACAAGAAAUUUCCCGCUUCCACCCAACCACCACAAAGAGAGAAAGAAAUCCAAUCGACGAGAGGUGGUCUUAACAAAAAUUUCACUAUAAUAAUUCGAAUGGUUCUCUCUUCUCUGUUGAAAACUAACUGGUGUCCUGUUUUUGUACCUGUCCGUUUCUCCUUGUCGGCUCCAAGUUCUGUUCGCGGAGAUUCAUGAUUGAUUUUCUCUGGUUGCAAUAUUGAUCUCCACAGAUCAUAGGUCAGUUGACACUUGCAUUCUUGUUUUAGAUUACAAUGGACAAGCAACAUGGUAGUAGAUUAAGUGAGCUGUUUGGUAGUUUGGGUAGUUUCUUCAGAAAAUGCAUGUUUUGCAUUCUAUCUAUGGGUCCCAUCCCCAACCAUUUUGCAUUCAUAAUGGAUGGAAAUAGAAGAUAUGCUAAGAAGGAAAAAUUGGAAGAAGGUGCUGGUCACAGAGCAGGAUUUUCAGUUCUUAUGUCCAUGCUUAAGUACUGCUAUGAGUUGGGAGUAACUUAUGUCACUAUUUAUGCCUUCAGCAUUGAGAAUUUCAAAAGGAAGCCUGAUGAGGUUCAGAGCCUGAUGGAUCUGAUUCUGGAGAAGAUUGAAGGGUUGCUUAAGGAAGAAAGCAUUGUGAACAAAUAUGGUAUCAGGGUGUAUUUUAUAGGUAAUUUGAAACUUUUGAGCGAGCCUGUCAGGGUGGCAGCAGAAAAGGUUAUGAAGGCUACUGCUAAGAACACCAAGUGUGUGCUUUUGAUCUGCAUGGCCUAUACUUCAUGUGAUGAGAUUGUGCAAGCUGUCCAUGAAUCCUGUAAAAAUAAGUGGGAGGAAAUUCAACCUUGUAACUCACAUAAAAGUUGCAGCGGUAGGGUUGAAGAGGUAGAUGGCAAAAGCAUAGAUGAUGGCAGUGGCCACAGUGUUCAAGAAUUGUUUGGAGUUCAAACAAAUGAAUUACGAGCAACAAGGGCAAGCACACUCUGUAAUGAUGUGGCUGAAGGAGUAGAAAUGAGUGAUAAAAAAAGUGGUGUGGUUGGGCAUGCUGUCCAUGGAUCCUGUGAUAAAUGGGGUGAAGUUCAAUCAUUGGAGGCAAGUAGAAUUGGAGAUGAUGUAAUUCCAAAUGUAAAGAGUGAGAAAUUGCUGGAGGAUCUUUCGAUAUUAAAGGUGGUUGACAUUGAGAGCCACAUGUAUAUGUCAGUAGCUCCCAAUCCUGACAUUGUGAUCCGAAGUUCUGGGGAGACCCGCCUCAGUAACUUCCUACUUUGGCAAACUAGAAACUCCCUGUUGUAUUCUCCAAAUGCACUAUGGCCAGAUAUGAGGUUGUGGCACUUGGUGUGGGCAGUCUUAGACUUCCAGCGCAAUCAUUCUUAUUUUGAGAAGAAAAAGAAGCAGUUUUAACCACAUUUUGACACUACAGAAGAUUCUUUCUUCUCUUCUCUCUCAUAUUACAGUAGUUGUGCAUCUGCGAUUGAAUUCUAAUGGAAACUGGGAAGCUCAAGAGUGAGAUGCCUCACCCUUUUGUUGUAAUCUAAAGAGUCUAAUUUCCAUGCCUGGGCACUUCCAAAUUACACUGAUGCUUUGAGGUGGGGUACUUCCAAUUUUGGAACCAUAUUGAAUUCCUCGCAGGCAACAAUUAUCUUUUUUAUAUUUUGGAAAAUCUUGAAUAUUAGCUAUGAUCUCUUAGCCGGGGGUUUACUGCUUGUAUCAUAUAAUUGCAAUGGACAUAAAUGAUCAAGCGAAAACAUUUGAA